AUGGACGAAUUCGAAAUCGACGCUGAGAACUCGUUGAUUCACACGCUGCCAUAUGAAACUAUGCGAGAUCUAAGCAGGAUAUUGGAUGGAGGGGAUGCAUGGGUUGAAUUAGCGGCCAAAAUGCCCGACAUUUCCACUCAAGAUGUUGAUGGUUGUCGCCAGUUUGGUGCUUGUCAUAGAGGAAGUCCUUCGGAAUACCUGUUGAGAAUAUGGGCUAGCAAAGGAUACUCAAUUUUAAGUUUGUACAACCUCUUCGCCUCAACUCGUAUGGUGCGGUGCAUGCGGAUUAUCCGGCAUUUAGUGUCGGAAACACAUCAUUACUUGGAAGAUUAUGCGUUGUCUGACGAAAAUGUGAAUACACCAUCUUCGAGCCAAAACUACCACCAAUUCUCGAGACCCCAACAUGUUUCCAUUUCUUCACUGAAACGCAAUGAUCCGCAUCAAGCUUCGCACAUUGCUAGUGGCAGUACGCAGAAGUCGUCAGCUCUAACAACUUGUGAUACUGCUUCAUCGGGGAGCAGUAUUUCGGAUCCGAUCUGGUCGGCUCUACAAAACACAUUGACGGUGCCUUAUACGGAACUUUUGUCUGCGACGUGCAACUUUGCAGAGGAGAAUGUUCUCGGGAAAGGAGGUUACGGUAUUGUUUACGUUGGAGAAUGGAAACACACAAAGAUAGCCGUUAAACGGUUCAUGGCGAACGGUAACAAAGGCACACAUAUACAACGUGAACGGUUGCGUCAAAGCUUACAAGAGUUACGGACGCUGGCAAGAUAUCGUCAUGACAAUAUUUUACCUCUGUACGCAUUCUCUCUCGACGGUUCGGAACCUUGUUUGGUGUAUCAAUUUAUGUCAAACGGUUCUUUGGAGGAUCGUCUUUUAUGUCGUCGUGGAACUGCUCCUUUGACAUGGCACCAAAAGAAGGAAAUAGCCGAGGGUACGGCUCGUGGACUCCACUUUUUGCAUUGUAUUGCUAGUACUCCAAUCAUCCAUGGAGACGUAAAAUCUGCUAAUAUACUGCUUGAUAGGCAUUUCGAGCCAAAAUUGGGUGAUUUUGGUCUAAGUCGUGAUGGAAAGGUCGAGACAGAUGCAGAGGAAAAAUCUCCACUAAUUGCUUCUCAUGUGAAAGGAACGCUUGCCUACUUACCACCAGAAUUCAUCACUAGCAAGAUCCUGUCUACGAAGCUUGACGUUUAUAGUUUCGGAAUUGUUCUACUAGAGAUAGGAACCGGCUUGCGUGCCUACAUGGAUUCACGAAGUCCUCCAGGUCUCGCCGAAUAUUGCAUCUAUACGAAGAAUUCUUCCCGAAAUAAUGAAUGGAUUGAGACGCUGAUGGAUAAGCGUACACCUUCAACUAGUAGCCAAGAUUCCGUUGCGUGCUGGUUUAGUGGCGUUAUACGUUUGGGUUUGCAAUGUGUAGAAAAGGACCGAUUAGCACGACCAGCUUUUCCGGAAAUCGUCGCUGUAUUGUCAAAACUUGCUCCUAGUUUUGAUGUUACUGCCUGA